AUGGCACAUUCGGCAGUAAAAUUCAAGUGGAUGUGGGAGGAGGUCAGUAGCCACUUUGCUCGCGCGGAAGCCGGAAUCGUGGUGUCGGGCCAAGGUAGUGCCGAUUCUGGGCUUCUGCGACGGCCGUUCAGACGUAUACUAUCUCGACAGAUGGUGCAAGCGCCGCCAUGCCGGGAGUUCUGCGCGGCAAAUGUGUACUCGGGCGAUGACGACGAUUCCACCCUAGAAGGUAACAGGGCCCAGACAAAAGCGCGCAUCCGCAAGCGCCAGAGGGGAGCGCAUGCAGCGAGGUUUUUCUCGCUACACGACAGAACCGAUACGCUGGUUGCUUUCGAUAUGAGUAAGCACAAGAAAACACUAGGAAAGAGCAGCAAAGUUGUACAUUCAGGAGCAGUGGGCUGCCCAAAAACAUUCAAUGCUGUCAGCUAUGCUGGCGUGUACCACAGCAGCGAUGAUCGAACUGCUGGAGACACGUCGCGUCGUGUACAACGAACAAGCUCUUGA